AUGGCGUCGGUCUUUACUUACGACCCCGAUCCUCCUCGGGUGUCUUCGCCAUGGUCGUUGUCUGGCUCCUCGACGCCCCAGCCGCCACCUUCUGGUGCUGGCGGUGGUGAAUAUACCGAGAGCCGCGUAAACUCCAGCUCCAACAAGCUCGCCGACUAUGGAAUCACCAAGCUGGAAUCCGAGCCGCAGGAAGGCCCCACAGAGUACAAGCUGCAUCUGCUACUCAGACGUCGCAGAUUCUUCACGGCCAUGUCUACGGGGCAAGUCGUCGGCGGCGCAUAUCAUUUCCGCACCGCUCUUCCAAAGCCCAACUCUGGCGUCAACUUGGCUGGAGAAGCGACAGCGGCGUCGCCUUCUGCUCGAUCGCCGUCUCUGAAUACUAGACAGCAAAGAUUGCAGCAGCUUACCACGCAGUUGCUCUGGCGUCUGCAGCAGUCUUCGCCCUUUCACUCUUCUUCUACGGCUAACCUGGUCUUGCCGGUGCUUCCAGAGGCCACUCCCAAGCUGGGGCUUCCGCAGAAGCCAACUCGUCUUUUGCCAGGCCUGGAGGAAAGUCAGGGUGCGCUCUAUGAGAUAGGUGUUGCCGAUGACGGCACCUUUGUGGGCUUAACCCCGGACGAGCUUGACGAGAGUCUGAACAACCUUCAGGUCAUGGCUGCUAGCCUGGGCUGCAAAGUUGAGGUUCUUCGCAAAGUAGUAGUUGGCACCUGUGAAUGGACAGAGGACGUCGAAGAGGAGAAUAAAGAGGGGGAUUCUGUAAAAACAAAUAGCUCGGAUCUGUGGGUGGCCGAAGCCCUAGUCAGUCCCGACCUUGAAUUCUAUACCCACCAGUCAAGAAAGGACCUCGACAUGGAGAAUUUGAGUUUGGAUGAAUCAGGGCCCGCUUCUAAAGCAGAAGACCGUAUACGAGGAGGGGCCUGUUCGCAGACGGAGCAGAUCCGUGUUUCUCUCACCGGCCCUAGUGCCGCAGGGAAAUCGUCUCUUCUUGGAACUUUGACGUCGUCUGCCCUCGAUAAUGGACGAGGAAAGAGCCGGCUUAGCUUGCUCAAGCACAGACAUGAAAUCUCCUCUGGAAUUACUAGUUCUGUCGCCCAGGAGCUGAUCGGAUAUGGCUCCCUUCCAUCAGCAGCCAACAUACCAGUUGAUGUGAUCAAUUAUGCUUCUGGAAAUGUGACCGCUUGGAAUGAUAUUCAUGCUGCAUCGGAUGGCGGGCGUCUUGCAUUUGUGUCUGAUCUCCCCGGACUCACCCGUUAUAUGAAGUCCACCUUGCGUGGCCUGAUAAGCUGGGCUCCUCAUUACACGGUGCUUUGUGUCCCGGCGAAUAGUUCCCAGGAUAUGGCUGCAACUCAAGAUGAUGGCGAAAGUUCACCCGAGAUAGACCUCUGUUUGGCUUAUCUUGACCUCUGCAUUAGACUUGACGUCCCACUCAUUUUGUGCAUUACGAAACUGGAUCUUGCAUCUCGCCUGGGCCUGAAACAGACUCUCGCUAAGGUGUUGUCUGCUAUCAAGCUCGCGGACAAGAAACCACUGAUGCUUUCUAUAGACAGUCCCGGCCAGGCUGUAGAUCUACAGCGAAUUUCGACAACAGACUGUGACGAAGCCCGUAAAACGAUCAAUUCAAUAAACGGCCAGUGGUCUAGUACGAUACCAAUCCUCCUCACUAGUGCCGUGAACGGUUCUGGAAUCGGCAAACUCCAUGCCAUGUUACGCUUCCUUCCACUUCCUAGCACUCCACCCUCUAGACUUGUACGGCCACUGCCGUCACAGUCAGGCCAGGAGAUACCAACAGAUGUGUUUGAUAUCGACGAAGUCUUCGCCAUCCCUCCGUCAAAAGUGUAUCUAUCUGCGGAUAGUGCCCAUUCGGAAACAAAAGGCGUCGUUCUUUGUGGUAUUGUACGGCAUGGGAGCAUUUCGAUUGGCGAUGAACUGGUCAUCGGGCCCAUUGCUGUCGAAGCAAAGCCAGAUGACGCCGCCCCUCAGGCUUCUCUAAGAUCUCGGUCUCUGCAAGAUCCGUUAAACGCCUCACCACGGCCCCGUUCGCUCCGAUCUCGGGCAUCCCCUGGCGAGUUCUCCUCGUCGUUCUCUCAUGGAUCCUUCCCCGGAAAGUCCCGGACCUUCAGUCAUGCAGAGUGGCAGCGCGUCCGGGUAGUCAGUGUGCGAUACCUUCGGUUAUCGGUGCGGAUUCUGCUAGAGGAUCAAGUGGGGACGAUUGGGGUGGAACCUAUUCCUUGGAGCCCCGGAAGAGAGGUCAACUCACUGGGCCGGCUGAGAAAGGGCAUGAUUUUGGCACAGGCUAGGAUGUCUCUGGAUACUUCCAAAAGCACUACUAUCCCCAGCUCGCUCGCCUUUAGUACCGCUUUUGUGGCUACAUUCCCGGCCCGGGACUUUUCCACGCCUCUUUCUCCUCCCUUAAUACUGGGUGGAAGUGUUGUUAUUUACAUUGGCAAUAUUCGUGCAGCCGCCAAAGUGACCUGUGUUUCUCUAGCCGAUGACGACGCGGUAGACUCACUCCCUGGCGGGCCCGUGGACGAGCCGGACUUUUUCAACUUUGACGACGACGAGGACAGGGAGAAACACUAUAAAAUGCCUCGGCGCUCGCGUCCCGAGAGUGAGAAGACGAUUGAUAUCUCCAGCGCCCAUGGCCAUGGAUAUAUUGAUAUCACGUUUGCUUUCAUCUCGUCUAUUGAAUGGGUUGAGCUGGGUUCGUUGGUUGUGGUUAUGCCCGGAGCUACCACGGCUACUUCGGCCACUGGAGACUCGGUUUCACUCUCGGGGCUGGAAGGGUUUGUGGGCAGGGUUUCUGAAGUGAAUACUAGUGAGGAUAUGUCAGAGCGGUAA